AUGGCGACUCAGCCUGGACCGCUCUACGAGUUCCCGUGGCACUCACUCGGCGGAUACAAGUAUCUGGUGCUCGCGCCGCUGGUAGCUCGAGCCAUCGACGCUAAUUUUCACGGCGGGAAGGACCCGGACAACUUCAGCCUGCAUCUGCUGAUCGCGUCCGCGCUGCGGGUGCUGGUGGGCAUGGCGUGGAUGACUAUAUCGCGCUGGCCGCACCUCGUUCCGCGAUAUAAGAUCCAGCGGAAGGGCGUGAAUUUCAAGCAAAUGGACCGGGAAGAAAACUGGGACGACUAUAUCAUUCUCAACGCCCUACUCGGAUUCAUGUUCCACGAGUGGGUGCCGCUCUUCCAGAACUUCGCCCCUUGCACCUCGUCGGGGCUGCUCAUCACGCUGCUCAUGCACGUGGGGCCCGCCGAGUUCCUCUACUACUGGCUGCACCGCGCGCUGCACCACCACUCGCUCUACUCCAAGUACCACAGCCACCACCACGCCUCGUUUCUCACGGAGCCCGUUACAGCAACCGUGCAUCCGUUCAUGGAGCAUCUGAUGUACGCGGCGGUGUUCGUGGUGCCCUUCUACGCCUCGUGCCUGCUGGGCUGUGCGUCCGUGGGGGGCGUGUACGCCUACAUGCUCGCCUUCGACGUGCUCAACUUCAUGGGCCACUGCAACUUCGAAUUCUUCCCGGUUGCGCUCUUUCGUGCGCUGCCCUUCCUCAAAUACCUCAUCUACACGCCUUCCUUCCACUCACUGCACCACACGCAGGUGCACACCAACUUCUCGCUCUUCAUGCCCAUCUACGACUACCUCGGCGGCACCUGGGACCCCAACUCCGACGCUCUGCACGAAGCUUCCAGGAAACCACGAAAGGAGCAGGCAAACUUUGUCUUCCUAGCGCACGGCAUGACCAUCCCAUCAGUGCUCCACAUGCCAUUCUUCCUUCCCUACUUCGCCUCCAAGCCAUUCGCCAUAACAGCGCAGCAAAUCCUCCUCCUCCCGCUCUCUGUCACCCUCUGCCUGCUCUACUGGGCCUUUGCGGCUGCCUUCCCCCGCUCCUACACCUACCUCCGCGGCAAGAGGCUCGAGUCCUGGGGCAUUCCCCGGCUCGGAUUCCACUACUUCCUGUGGUUCGAGCAGAAGCAGAUCAACCGGCUGAUCGAAGGGGCGAUUCUCAAGGCGGACAAGCAGGGCGUGCAGGUGUUUACUCUGGGCGCACUCAACAAGAACGAGGCACUGAACGGGGGUGGAACGGCGUUCCUCAAGAGCCACCCGAACCUGAAGCUGCGCCUCGUGCACGGCAACACGCUCACAGCAGCCGUCAUCCUGCAGGAGAUCUCCCCCGACGCCAAGGAGGUGUUCCUCGCCGGUGCCACCUCGAAGCUGGGUCGUGCGAUCGCUAUCUACCUCGCCUCCAAGGGCACCAGAGUGCUGAUGCUAACGACCUCCAAGGAACGGUUCGAGUCCAUUCAAGCAGAGGCACCGGCAGACAAGCAGCACCUGCUGGUCCAAGUGACCGACUGCCAGCAGGCGUCGCACUGCCGCGAGUGGAUUGUGGGCAAGUGGCUGACGGCCAAGCAGCAGAGCCACGCCCCCAAGGGCACCUUCUUCCACCAGUUCGUUGUUCCUCCGCUGGACGAGGUGCGGGGCGACUGUGUGUACGGCAAGCUGGCGGCGAUGCGACUCCCCAAAGACAUUGAAGGGCUCAACACAUGCGAGCUUCAAUUGGAGCGGGGAGUGGUGCAUGCAUGUCACGCGGGGGGGCUGGUGCACAUGCUAGAGGGGUGGCAGCACCAUGAGGCGGCAGCGCCUCAGAAAGGAACAUCAUGCUACCUGAUCACUUGCACACACAGCGAAAGGGCCGCAGCGGACCGGGAAAGUGCUACCUCCAGUGGAGUGAACCUCAACGUCCCUGACAGAUCACCUGAAGAAUCACCUGACGCGUCCGGUCCAUGUCUGGUUGACAGAGCGAUAGUGGGCGCAGAGGAAAUAGGAGGUGGUGCGGAGCAUGGCUCAGCUGGUGCGGUGGAGGAAAGAAUGGUGAAUGAAGCUUGCAAAGGGGACGAGAGGGACGAGCAGCAGCAGCAGCAGCAGCAGCAGCAUGAGCCAUCACAUGCCCCUCCACAUCUCAACCCUUUCCUUACCUCGCUCUCCGCCUCAGCAGGGUUUCCUUUCAGCGGAGAACGGAGCGGGGAGGGCAGUGGAGGGGAGUGGAGGCAGGCAGGACUGAGUCUAGCCCCCUCUGUUGCCUCAGGUGGAUUUUCAGGUGCUUCUGGUGUUGCUUCUGCGAGAGAACAGCACCAGAGAGAGGAUAAGGGGCGAGAGGAGCGGAUGGUGUGGCAGCAGCAGAGGGAGGAAGGAGGGCAGCAGCAGCAGGGGGGGCAGGGCGAGAGGGAGGAAGGGGUACAGCAGCAGGAGGAGCAGGAAGGGCUGAAGGGAGGGCAGCGUUGGUGGUCUAGUGAGAGGCUUGGACGGAUAUGGAGGUCAGGCAGAGGGGAAGGAGCCAGUGCAGGGAGACACGAGGCCGCUUUUGAGAGCUCACAAGAACCCCUUGUGGGGAGGGGAGAGCAUGGUCUGGGCGAGAAAGUGGAAGGGUGGCAAGCCGGUCUUGUUGGGAGGGAAGGGGGUGCUGGUCAGGAGGGGGGUGACAGGGAGGGGGGUGAUGGGCGGGAGGGUGGUGAUGGGCGGGAGGGGGGUGAUGGGCGGGAGGGGGGUGAUGGGCGGGAGGGGGGUGAUGGGCGGGAGGGGGAGCAAGUUCGGAAGAAGCCCAGGUUGGAGUUGGGAUGGCUGCAAGAGCACCAACACGUGCGUGAAAGAAAGGAGAGUGAGCAGCAGCAGCAGCAGCAGCAGCAGCAACAGCAGCAGCAGCAGCAGCAGCAGCAACAGCAGCAGCAACAGCAGCAGCAACAGCAGCAGCAGCAGCAGCAGCAGCAGCAGCAGCAGCUACUAAGACUCGGGAGCACGAAUGAGGAAGAAUGGAAGAAGCAACUGAAGUGGCAGUGGCAGGAGCGCAGCACCCAAAGCCCCAUCAAACCCCAAAAGGGACUUUCUGAGUUUCCCCAAAGCCCACUCAAGGCCCAUAUGGGUCCUCCUCCUGAGUUUUCUCAAAGCCCUGUCAAACCCCACCACGGACUUUCUGACUUUCCCCAAAGCCCCCUCAAAGCCCAUAUGGGUCCUCCUCCUGAGUUUACUCAAAGCCCUGCCAAACCCCAUCAGAGCCAGCACGCAGGUUCCCACAUGGUGUCACCCGACUCCAACCCUGCAGUGACCCCCUCCCCCACCCCCACCACCGCACAUGGCGAAUCUUCCCACGAGAUGCAGCGGAGGGAGGAGGUCACGGGGCUACCGCGGUUUGAGACGUCUCGGAUCCUUCCCUCGGCCGCGCUCGAUGAGUUAUCCCUUCAUGAGCAGCAGAGGAGGGAAGGCAUCAGGCGGCUAUCAUCGCGCGUUGAGACGGCUCCGAACUUCCCCUCAGCCGCGCCAGAUGAGUUAAUCCACCAUGAACGGCAGCAGAGGAAGGAAGGUAUUGGCGCGGUCCCCCGUGCGGAGACGAUUUUUUGGUCGACGCAAAAAUUCCCGUCAGCCGCGCCGGAUGAGUUAACCCACCAUGAACGGCAGCAGAGGAAGGAAGGCUUUGGGCCGGUUCCGCGUGCUGAGACGGCUCCGAACCUCCCUGCGGCCGGGCUGGAUGAGUCAACCAAUCAGGAGCAGCUGCAGCGGAGGGGAGACGUCAGCCCUCUAGCUCAGAUGGAUCUGAUGCUCACUGCCAGCUCGCACAGGCAGCACUUAGAGCCCCCCAUAGGAGCUGAUGCGAUAGCAGAACAAUCUACAGCAGGGCACCCUAUAUUAGAGCGCCCCAUAGGAGCUGAUGCGAUAGCAGAACAGUCUACACCAGGGCACCCUAUAUUAGAGCGUCCCAUAGGAGCUGAUGCGAUAGUAGAGAAAUCUACACCAGGGUACCCUGCGGAGAGGUGGGGCGGUGAUGGGGGGAAGGGGGGUGAGGGGGCUGUGGGUGGUAAGGCGGAGAUGUGGGGUUUUGAUGGGGCCGGGAUGGCAACCCCCCAGCUUGGAAAGCAAGUGGCGCAUCUGAACAGUGUGGUGAGUGGGACACGUGGCGCAAUUGGAUUGGCUCAGGAUGAAGAUUCCAACGCCUUUUCUGCCCCGCCUCCCCCCGUGCCUCUCUUCUCUCACCCAUUCUCGCCCCCUCCCAUUCGGCCAUUCAUCCAGUCUGCCCCUCCGUCGUUCCUCCCUUCUCCCCCUUCACUCUCUCUGGGCCUUCACUCGUCACCCAACCUUGCUGCUGAUUCCAACCCCGCUGCUUCUUCUUCUGCAUCCGCUGCUGCUGCUGCUGCUGCCUCUGCCGCUGCGUUUGAAUUGCAGGGAAUCCCACCAUUGACUCCUGCUGCUGCGGCUUCUGCUGCUGCGGCUUCUGCUGCUGCUGCUGCGGCGGUGGCGGUCUCUGCUGGUGCCAGUUCUCGUGGUUUUAGUGUUUCUGGUGCUGAUGCAAGCAGUGCUGCUAUUCGUACUGCUCUUGCUGCUUCUGCUGCUGCCUCAGUCUUUGCUGGUGGUGGCCACACCAUCAGAACGGCCACGCUUCCGUUGUUCCACUCAGGCACUGGCAACCUGCCUAGGACGAGCAGCGUGAUAGGAGGAGACGACGGAGGAGCGACUUUUGAGACGCCGCAAAUGCUGUUCCACUCAGGCACGGGCAACCUGCCUAGGACGAGCAGCGCAAGCGGAGUGGGAGAAUCAGCAUGGGGCGGAGCAAGAGGAGCGGAACAACUGGAGGAGAAGGAGGAGGAGGAGGAGGAGGAGGAGGAGGAGGAGGAGGAGGAGGAGGAGGAGGAGGAGGAGGAGGAGGAGGAGGAGGAGGAGGAGGAGGAGGAGGAGGAGGAGGAGGAGGAGGAGGAGGAGGAGGAGGUGCGGGGGAUGGUAGCAAUGCUGGUGCGGGUGGCAGCAGUUUUUCUUUUAGGGGUGGCAUGCAGUCCUUGGGAAGCAGUGGAGGCGGGCGGAGGGAAGGGCAGGGGGUAG